AUGGGCGGCACGAAGCACGCCACUCUCGACUCGUACGUGACGACUCUCAACGCCCUGGGCCCCUCGAUGUGCGACAAGCUCUCCAAGGUGCGCGAGCUGGACUCCAGAGGCGAGGAGCUGCUCUGGCUGCUGCCCGAGCGGUUCUUCGAGCACUAUACGGCGGUGGUGGCGGCGGGAAACGGCGGGCAAGGGGCUGGGAAGGGGCCAAGGAGCAGUGGGGUGGAGGAGCGGGCACGGCGCGCCGCGGAAGCUGUGGAGGAAAUCUUCGAGCAGACGGAGACGACAGCGGAGGAGAGGGCAAAGGAGGCCUGGGCUGCAUACGACGAGCUCGACGCGAAGAUCAAGCUGCUGGACAAGGACAUCCGCGCGAUGCAGAAGAAGAUCCUGACGCAGCAGGAGGCCCUGGGGAUCGACCCGGUGCCGCAGACGCCGCGGACGGGCUCGACAGGGCCCCGCCAGAGCGCUCGCACGCGCGGUCGACCGCCCGGGUCGACGCAGGGCGCUGGCGCGUCCGCGCUGGCGGGCUCCCCGACCGGGCUGGCCGCCGCGGCGAUUCUGGAGGCGCAGAUCCCCGUGGACAUGCCGGCGGUGGAGGCGGUCGUGGCGGAGGGCCCCCCCUACUGCCUGUGCAAUCGGGCGAGCUACGGCGACAUGGUGUGCUGCGACAACGACGACUGCCCGAUCGAGUGGUACCACUUCGGAUGCGUGGGCCUGACGGAGGAGCCGCAGGGCACGUGGGUGUGCCCGCAGUGCACAGAAGCAGCUAAGAACAAACGGCAACGCACGUCGCUGGCGCGGACGUGA